CAGCAAUUGCAAAGAGCCGAAGACGAAGAGCUUUUUCCGUCUUAUUUGUGGGCCGCUCUUGUAACAAAUCGUUGUUGCAACCUUUGGGCCUACAACUUCUUUUUUUAGUUUUCUAGUUCUGGGGUUCUGGCCCUUUUGUGUUAGUAAAAAUAGACGAUCGACUUCUCAAUCUCUCUUCGUCUUCUCCGUUCUUUUUUCACUUCCUCUCUCAAGUCUCGAGAAUCCAAAGCCCUAAUCGAACUAGGUCCCAGUCGGAUAUCACCCUCCAUGGCUUCAGUCAGCUUUUUCUUGACCAAAGUUGCGCUUACCUGGUGAAUUGCGCGAUUGUUCUUGUAGUGCAGUGAACUCGAGCUUGGAGUUGGAUGAACAUUUGGCACGGUGGUUUGGAUCAGUCGAGCUCUUGAAGUUCCACAAAGAACCAGGUAUAAGCUGCUUGUUGCUUAGAGGUUGUAUUUCAUGCAUGCUCAAUCCCUAAUUAGGCACAAUCAAGAGGCAUGCCCGACUAGUUGGUACCAUGAAAUCUGUAAUGUGCUUUUCAAAACUGGGUUUUGUCUUAGCUUGUGGAUGCAUUUGAUUUCGGCUCUGUCCAUAUUGGAGUCAAUUUCUAUCUAGUCUCUUUACUCUUAAACUGUUUUCCCUUAGCUUGCUAACGAGAUGUGUGUAUUAGCAGUCCCUACGUUUGCCUUUGUAUUGGAUUGCGGCCAGGAGGUAGCAGUUUUGUAGCUGGGUUUUGACUGUGUCGAGCCAUUUUCGAGCACAAUCCGAGCUACAUCAAGAAAAGAAAGGGCAAUAAACAAUGUCGAUUCCGCCUAGACAUGAUCUAACUACUUCUCAAGGUAAGGCCAGGAGUGAGCAUUACAUAAAGUACUUGAUCAAGGAAGAAAAGCAAUACUAUGGAGCUGAAGCAUUGUUCAUCACUCAUCCAUUACAAGAGACUUUCCUGGCAGCACGCAGAUUCUUCUUGGGAGGUGAGCGUUCUCGUGAUUCUUUUUCUCCAUUUCAUAAGCGAUGAGUAAUUUAUUUUCACCAACUUCAUCCAUUUUCAGUUUGUGGGAAGUCCAUUAUCUCAGUGGAACCACCAUAUAUGCUGCACAGUUCAUGUUUGAAAAGUUCUAUGCCGACAAUGUGGCUGCUCCAAGUGAAGAUGAGAUAGAGAUUUCGAAAAAGUGUUGUCUCGCAGUUAUGGUCAAGCUGAUGGAGUCGAGACAUGACCGCGUUCGUGAACAUCCUUAUGAGGUUUUGUAUUCCAAUGAUAGCAUUCGCAAAGAGGUCUCCAGAAUAAACGAUACGGAGAUGCAAUUGAUGGCAAGAAUGGGAUAUCAGGCCAAACCUCCUACUCCGUUUGAUUACCUCCCACGGUUGGUUGUGGAGUACUUUCCGGAUGCUUCAGAGUACGAAACCUCCCACGGUUGGUUGUGGAGUACUUUCCGGAUGCUUCAGAGUACGAGAUGAAGUACACAGAGAUCGGUUCACUAUUACUGAAACAAAUGGCUAGAGAAGAUUUUGAUGCACCUAUAGCUACGAGUAAGCCAUCUGCCCUAGCUCUUGUAGCAACAUCCAUGAUAGCAUCAUAUCCUGAUCCUCCCGUGUUCAGCACCGACAACGUAUUGAAUGUCAACGAGGUAAUAAUGUAGGCAGUAGGCAUAUAAACACUUUCAGUUACAUACUAACCAUGGUGUCAAUCAAGACUGAAACUGUUUUUUUGUCUUGUUACAGGUUGAUUUCCAGAGGUAUGUAGAAAUGAUGCAAGGGAAUUGAAGAUUAAACUCUGAGUGAAGGAGAAGCUGCUGCUCGUCUAGAAUUUCAGGAAUUAGGCCCUUUUCCCUCUCCUUCGUUAAGACUCUAUCCUCUACUUCUAUAAGAUUAGGUUUCACAUAGUCAGAGCAGCUUUAGCCUUUGCAUGAAGUGCUUGCCUGGCUUUCAUAUCUGUUGCUCUUUCUUCUCUAAAUGGAUGCUGAAAACAGUUAUGAACAAAACUAUGUUCCAAACAUAAUGAUGUACGUAGACAGGAUGGAUGAACAGUAUUAAAAGCCGAUUGUAAAGAGAGCAUUAUGGAUAUUCAAAAUGAAUUACCCUUGGGUUU